CCGUUUUAUAUCUCUCCAAGCAACCAAUCUUUUCAAAGGAUCAAAAGAACCAAACCAACAAAAAAAGAAAAGAAAAAGAAAAGAAGAAAAGCAGAAGCAAUGGUUGCUGUGUACAACAAAGACAGUUGGUAUUUGAUCACUCUUAAGCUUAGGGAAACUUUGGAGGCCAAUCUCCCCAAGACAUCAACUUCCACUGCCUCUGCAGACUUAUUAUUGGACCAACAGCCACACCACCAACAACCUCAGCACCUGCCCCUGAGGAACCAACACCAGGAUCCAGCCAGCACCUCCCUCCGCGUCGUGAUCCUGAAUGACGAGGCUGAGAUCAAACCAAUCGAGGAGGGCAGGCCAGAUGAGAAGACACCCAGCCGGGGCGAGCCUGACUGGGUUAUCUCCAUCAGGGACAGGCUCGACCAGGCCCGGCAGGAUGACGCUGCGUGCCCAUGGUCCAAGCUCUCGAUAUACCGGAUCCCGCAUUACCUUAAAGAUGGAGAGGACAAGGCCUACGUCCCGCAGAUUGUCUCCCUCGGGCCGUAUCACCACGGCAGGAAGCGGCUCCGCCAGAUGGACAGACACAAGUGGCGGGCACUCCACCGCGUCCUCAGGCGGACCCGCCACGACAUUACCCUCUACCUCGAUGCUGUCAAGGAGCUCGAGGAGAAGGCCCGGCCCUGCUACGAGGGGCAGAUUGCGCUGAGCAGCAAUGAGUUCGUGGAGAUGAUGGCUCUUGACGGGUGCUUCAUCCUAGAGUUGUUCCGCGGAGUGGCGGAGGGGUUCAAGCAGCUAGGAUACCCGAGGAAUGAUCCCGUUUUCUCGAUGAGGGGGUCGAUGCACACGAUCCAGCGAGACAUGAUCAUGCUCGAGAAUCAGAUCCCGAUGUUUAUCCUCGACCGGCUUCUUGGGAUUCAGCUGGGGGACCCGGACCUUAAGGGGUUGGUGGCAAAGCUUGCAUUGAGGUUCUUCGACCCCUUGAUGCCCACAGAUGAGCCAUUGACACAGAGUGACCGCAACAAAUUAGAGUCCCUCGGGCACAUGACAACCUUUGAUCCGUUAUCGGACUAUCAGAGCGGGCUUCACUGCCUCGAGGUGUUCAGGAGGAGCCUCCUCAAUUUGGGCCCGAAGCCUGUCCCUGGGAACUGGAUCAAGCGCUGGUCGAACACGAACCGGGUCGCAGACAAGAGAAGGCAGCAGCUCAUACAUUGUGUGACGGAGCUAAGAGAGGCUGGGAUCAAGGUCAGGAAGCAGAAGACCGACCGGUUCUGGGACAUCAAAUUCAAGAACGGUGUCCUCCGUAUCCCGAGGCUCCUGAUCCAUGACGGAACCCGAUCACUUUUCCUCAACCUCAUCGCAUUUGAGCAGUCCCACUUCGACUGCUCCAACGAAGUGACCUCCUACGUGGUCUUCAUGGACAAUCUCGUAAACUCCCCCGAGGAUGUCGGAUACUUGCACUACUGUGGAAUCAUUGAGCACUGGCUUGGAAGCGACGCAGAGGUGGCAGACUUAUUCAACCGGCUCUGUAAGGAGGUCGUUUUUGACAUCAAUGACAGUUACCUCUCGACCCUGUCCGUGGAGGUGAACCGAUACUAUGACCAUCGGUGGAACACCUGGAGGGUGAGCCUCAAGCACAACUACUUCAGCAAUCCUUGGGCUAUAAUCUCCCUUAUAGCAGCUGUGGUUCUCCUGCUGCUCACCUUAGCUCAGACCUUCUAUGGGGUUUAAGACUACUAAAGGCCUGCAGGUUCUUGAGCUACGUGCAGCCUCCUGUUACACUCUUCUAUAUUUCCUUCGUUUUCCGGUUGGUUUCACAUAGAAGGCUAAGGUUUCAUACAGGAAAAAUUGAUUGAUACAAGGAUACUGUCUUGUCUUGCAAGCUUUGGGCCGCGGAUUGUCCUGUGAUUCUUUGUUUUGGCAAAAGUUCUUGGGAUGAUUGAACUGUUGGAUUGUCUCUUAAUUGUUUGUCCGUUCAAAUGGACUUCUGGAAAUGAAACAGAGAUAGCCAUGGUA